AUGCUGGAGCAUAAGUCGGUGUUGCAAACCUACCAAUCUCGAGCGCUGGUCCAGUCCCACGGCAAAGCUAUCAAAAAGGGGACCAGCGAGGACGCCGCGAAGUUGGCGAGAGAUUUGACGGUUCAUCACGAUAGAGUUGCCGGUGCUGAGAAUUACCGUGACAUGGCCACGGCAAUCUCGAAGUCCAAGAGCCAGGAUGCCAUCGACACCCUCUUGCACGACGUCAGGGAUUUGGUGCCGCGGGCAGACAGCGAGCCCGUGACGAAGCCGAAGCAGAAGGCAAAGGCCGAGGAGAAGCAGGAAGAUGAUGCACACGAGGAGGAGGAGCCCACAGCAGAGGACAAAGCAAGAAAGAGGAAGAGGGAGAAAUGGUUUGAUCGCGAUCGUGAAGUCAAUCGAGCUCAGAAGGCCUUGGCCAGGGACUUGGACCGGCAGCAAACCCUAGCCGGCACGCUGGUGAGUGACUGGCAAAAGAUGCAAACGGAGUUUGCCGCCUUGCCUGCAGAUGCUCAGAAGCAACUGCUUGGGGAGAAGCGCAUCGGCGAGACGAGGAUGCAAUGCUUAGAGCAUCUGCGUGGCGAUGAGGCGAUGCUGCAGCGACACCUCAACAGCUACCAGAGCGAGACGGCUCCACGCAGCAAUGCUUCCACUGCAUCAGCUGAUGCAAAGGGCCAGCUAGGUUCUGCACCCCCGUGCCAGUCGUACCGAAGCUUGCAUUCUUUCGGUUUCUGGGAGGCCGAGCUGCAGAAAGUCUUGGAGGUCGAGGACCAGGACAGCAUCAAUCACAUCAAAACCGAAUGCAACAAGAUCAAAGAUGUGGUUGCAGAGUUGGGAGGUGCAUGUCGCAGUGCGGUGCGUGAUUUGAGUCGCUGUAUCGCCGCUGUCAAGACUGCUAUGCAACAGCGUGAGGCAAAGAAGGCAGCUCAAAAGCAGGUCAUGCAGACGCCAAACAAGCUGUUUGCAAUCGCUCAGCUUUGUCUUGAUGUUGUGGAAGUCGAGGAGGGACAGGCAGACAAGGCCGACUUCAACAAGCCGCUCUUGCUCCGUCUUUCGCACGAUGCAGAGGACAGCGUUGCGAAGGCACAGUGUGUCCAGCAGUUCAUGAUUGCGGAGUUCAAAGAACAAUUCAACAAUCAGGUCCCGUCGCACCGGUUGGACCGCGCGCACAAGAAGUUCGCCAAUGGCUCCCAGAUCAAGGACAUGAUUGCCCAGCGUGCCCAGGAGAUCUUCCCACCGUGCAAGCUCCAGGACGGCACGGAUGCGGCUGUAGCAUCAGCCUUGGACGUCAUGGGCAUCAUUGUCGGCAAGAACACGAUCAAGUGUACGCCUGAGAAGUCUUUCUUAGGAUCACUUCGUUGGGCAUUGAGCGGUUGCCGUGAGGUCAUCAUGGUCAGUGCUGUUGCGUGGCAGAAGUUCUUGGUUUCGAAUCACAAGGAGGCUGCGACCCUGCAGCUGGCAAAGGACAAGAUGUGGUACCUGGACGAAAAGCUCAUCAAGGCUUUCUCGGACGCAGGCGGCGCGGUCUUCGCAGCCACGGUGAAGAAGGAUCUCAAGGUCAUGGAAGGAUCAUGGGCCCAGGGUGAUGCGAUCCUGAAGCAGCUCACAGAGGGGAAGCCGCUUGCGGCUCAGGGCAGCCUGGAUGCAGAUGGCUGCCACAUGGGUUACGCAAAGCCGGGGCAGGCUGCAUCUCUGAAUUUCUUCGAUUUGCCUGCCGGUCCCCGAUCGUACGAUGAAGUCUUCGAUUGGCCAGUGGACAUCGCGACUAGAGCACGUGAAAUGGUUCAGGCAAGAGGCUCAAGUGGUCUUCCCACGUUGAAGGUUGUGAUGACCACUGCCUACAGCGGGAUAGGUAUGGCAGAGCUGGCGGCAUGCUAUGUCAAGGAUGCUCUGCAGGACAUAGGUGUCCAUGUCGAGCUUGAGUUUUAUGCUGCCUCAGAGAUUAAUGAAGACUGCCACAAGUUUUUGGGUGCACGUCACAUUUUCGGCAAUCUUCUAGACCGUGCAGAGCCUGAGGUGUGGGAACAUUUGGAGACCAUGCAGAGUGAAGCUCAUGAGCGGGCCGCUCAAGCUGCCAUGGGCUUGAGAGGCAAUGCGAAGUCUCGGGCAUGGAAAACCGCAUCCGAUGCAUUCAUGGAUGCUGCGACUUCUUACCUGCACACACAGGCAGAGCAGUUUCGGCCAACAGCAUUUUGCUUCAAGUGUCGGAAACAGUGCAGGUGGUUCCCGGAAGUUCCUGUCGACACCUUGUGGUUGGACUGCGGUGGCAACACAUGCACACCUUUCUCCUCUCGAGGGAAGGGCUUGAAAUGGUUCGAUCCCGUGAACCUGGCGGCCAUGUCGUGGUGUUUCUCGAUGAAGCAUAUUGCACGGCCCACGUAUAUUUUGAAUGAAUGUGUUCCUGGGAUGCCGGCUUCGUUUUUUUCGAAAUGCUUUGGCGAUGAGGUGGCUGUCAACGCAGAGACAUUUUCGCCUGUGGAUCUCGGAAUACCUGCGAACCGGCCUCGACAAUACGUCAUCGUGAAGCUUUGCACAGGGAGGCCACGGCUUGCGUUCACACGUGAGUUGCUGGCUACUCUUUGUUUCCGAACCCUAGAGUGCACUGGCAGCGUUUUCCUUGGUGCCUCCGAUGAGGAUGUACAUGGAUUUUUGAACAACCUCGCACUGGCUCGGCACAUUUUUCCCCGUGAUGCUGGCCAUCCGCAUGAAUGCAAUUUGGUCAUGGCUGUUGCUGACAGGACGCGCAUGGAAAGUAUUCGUGGCGAGCUUGUGCUCAAGGGUUCCUCUGAUGUUGCCGAUGUGUUCGCAGAUGUUUCGCAGUCGUUGGGGUUUGGGCACCCUUCCCUUUGUAUCCCGACGAUUAUCCGCAACAGCAAGAUCUACAGCUUCUCGAAGCGCCGACUGCUGUUGACUGCCGAGCUGCAGGGGGUUCAAGGGGUUCCUGUGCUGGGAAGACAGGUUGGCUGGGCUGCUUGGCUUUUCGAAUCUUUUUCUCAUCAGCUGUACGUUACUCUGAAGGGCAAUUUGGGCACAGUCUAUUUUGCGCCGGCUUGGCCAGACUUCUACCAGAAUCCCGCCCGCGAAACCUUCCUCGCUAAGAAGGAUAUUGAGCAAGAAGACGCCUUUUUGGACGAGUUGUACGAUAUGAAUGAUUCGGAGGAGGAGGACGAGGAGGAGCAGGGGGUGCAAGAGGAGCGGGCCGCGACUGAUGACGUGAGCGCCGUGCCGGAUGGCGCGGAGCCUGUGUCUGCAUUUGUUGGCAAGCGUGGUCCAGAGACCCAAGACCAGGCUCAACCGACAGGUUCUAAGCGACACAGAUCAGAUGGACCGCGACAGAUCAAACUUUUGCAAUCGAUUGCCAAGCUUCAAGCUUCCACAGGUCUGUUGAUACCCAAGGCCGCCUUUGGCAACCUGGUUUUGGAUGUACUCAAGGAGCAAUGUGCCUUGCGUGAUGUGGAGCAGUUCAAGAUAUCUACCGGUGCGCUGGAAGCUUUACAGCACAUGGCAGAGGCUUUGAUGACCGACUUCUUCAGAGAUGCAAACCUUUGCUCGCAACACGCGCGCAGAAUCACGAUCAUGCCAACGGACCUCGUGCUGCUGAGGCGCUUGGGCCACUCCGCGCAGUGA